AUGGCAACUACUGACGUUAAAGACAUGUUCUUUAUGGUCCCCCUGCAGCCGCAGGACCUGGACCACUUUGCCUUUACCUGGGGGCGGCAACGGUACACCUUUACACGGCUCCCUCAGGGAUACAAGCACUCCCCCCCCUUAGCCCACCAUGCGCAGGAGCUGGAAGCAAUUCCCAUAAGGGCAGGGGUGAAAAUUUACCAAUAUAUAGAUGAUGUGCUCAUAGGGGGGAAUCAGGCGGAAGAGGUUGGGGAAGUCCAGAAGGACAUCAUCACCCAUUUAGAGAGCAUAGGAUUGACAAUCCCACCCGAGAAAAUACAAACCCCUUCAAGCGAGAAACGCAACGGUGCCGGCAGUGCGCCCCGCCCCGACGGGCCGCCGCACCUCCACCUUCACCACCACACCUCGCCCGGCUUUCCGCACCGCCGCCGGCGUGACGACACCGCUGACCUGCUCCGUGCCUAUCGCGCUCAGAAAGACCGCGACUUCGAGGACCCCUACAGCGGGCCCGGCUCGUCCCUGCGCAAGUUGCGUGCCAUGUGCCGCCCGGACUACUCUGUGCCUGAGGACCUGGGCGAGGCGGCCCCCAAGGCUUUCUCCUCUUCGUCGUGCUGCGCCGCGCCCCCCGCCACCUGCGCAGCCGGCUCCCCACACCUCUUUCGCAGCCACAGCGAGCGCCGCCCAGCGACGCCGCCAGACGUGAAGUACAUCUCCCCUAAGCACCGGCUUAUCAAGGUCGAGAGCGGCAGUGACAGCGAUGGCGCAGGCAAGAAGCUCAACAAGGGCUCCAAGCAGUUGGUGACUUCUGUCCCCUCUACUAUGAAAGAUAAAGUAUUGAUAGCUGAUGACUACUCAGAUCCGUUUGAUGCCAAAAGUGAGUUGAACAAAAUGGGAAAAGGGGAGAACACUGGCUAUAUGGAACCAUAUGAAGCCCAGAGAAUAAUGACUGAGUUUCAGAAGCAGGAAGGCAUGAAGUCCCAUCAGAAAAACAUGCAGCUCUAUGACACACCCUAUGAACCAGAAGGCAGUGGUGUGGAAUCCGAUUCUGAAAGUGUGGUGAGUCACCGUUUACGAGAAAGCAAAUUGCCACAGGAUGAUGACAGGCCUGCAGAUGAGUAUGAUCAGCCAUGGGAGUGGAACAAAGUCACCAUCCCAGCUCUGGCAGCCCAAUUUAAUGGAAGUGAGCAACGGCAAGCAUCUCCUUCUCCCUCAAAUGACCAGCACAGGCAGUUAAGAACAGCCGGAGGAGGCUUUAAACCCAUCAAACAUGGCAGUCCAGAAUUUUGUGGGAUCCUGGGAGAGAGAAUAGAUCCAACUAUUCAACUGGAAAAGCAGAUAUGGUAUCAUGGAGCAAUCAGUCGGACAGAUGCAGAAAACCUGUUACGUUUAUGUAAAGAAUGUAGCUACCUUGUAAGAAAUAGUCAAACGAGCAAGCAUGACUAUUCUCUUUCACUGAAGAGCAGUCAAGGUUUUAUGCACAUGAAACUGAUGAAAACCAAAGAGAAAUACAUCCUGGGUCAGAACAGCCCUCCCUUCAACAGUGUUCCUGAAGUCAUCCACUAUUACACCACAAAAAAGCUGCCUAUUAAAGGAGCAGAACACUUGUCACUGCUCUACCCUGUGGCUGUGCGGACCCUCUAA